AUCUUCGUCAUUUACAGUAAUAUCUAGUUCAGCGAUAAAAUAAGAAUGAAUUUCGGUCAUUUGAUAUUCAUGUUCCUUGUUGGAAUUAUAAAUCAGUGUCCAACUACAUUAUCCACUCAAUCAUCCAAAUAUUUAUCAGAUGAUUUCGAUUAUGGCAAUGGACAAAAUAGGAAUGAAAAUUAUUACGAUUUUCUCAAGUUUCUCGAAGAUAUUUAUUCAUCUUCGCGCCAAGCGCAACAUCCAGCCUUAGAUGAACAGGGAUCUUUUCGAGACCUCAACAAUGAUUUCGAAGCAGGAUUGCUUCAAAAUGAAGCGGACUAUACUCGGCCAAUUCCAGAUUCGAAUUUGAAAGACAAUCGAGAUUACGAACUCUUGUAUGAUUUCCUAGAACCAGAAGACGACAAUGUCGCUUUUGAACAAUCUUCAGAAGUUUGGGACGGCUCACCGCGAACGAAGUAUCCUGCUAGCGAGGAAGACAAACAACAACUUCUGGUUACAGCAUUGUUGGAAGAUAUGAUUGACAACUCCAUGAAAAACUCUCAAGACAAAUGGGAUGAAUUUACACCGGACAAUUACUACGAAGAAGAUAUCGGUGACGAUAGAGCAAACGCUCAAAAAGAUUUGUUACAAAAAGAAAAUUUGAUGGAAAAUGUUAACAGCGGAGUGGAUUCGCCAAACUCCGAUGGAAAGAAAGAACGGAAACAAAAGCAGGAACUGGAUGAAGUUUUAGAUGAAAACAGCGACGAAACAAUGAACGAAAAAAGAGAGUUUCUUGAUAACAAAAAAGACGAAAAACAAAAGUCUGACGUUGAAAGUAACGACGUUGACGAAUUACGAUCUCUUCUCAAAGAAAUGACGAAUUCGGAAAUGAAAGAAAAAUCUGUUGAUGAAGACAAACGUAUCGAUGAUGCGAAGAAAGAAAAGGAUACAGAAGUCACAGAAAACGAUGACAAGAAGAUAAAAAUUGACGUUGGGCUUCCUGGAGUGUCGGUAUCUAAGGACGAUACAUAUCUGUGCACAGGAGCGAAAAUAGCUGAUUAUACAAAUGCAACUAACAAAUCAAUUUACAUCGUUGAAUAUCAACCUCACGCAAAGCAAACGGUAGCUCAUCACAUGUUGUUGUAUGGUUGCAAAUCUCCGGGCAUUGUAACUCCAGGAGCAGUAUGGAACUGUGGCGGUGUAAUGGAAGGAGCCAAGAAGAACUCUGACGGUUUUCCAAAUGCACCUUUAUGCGGAAGUGGUGGUCCUCCAACAAUAAUGUGGGCGUGGGCAAAAGACGCCCCGCUCUUCAAAUUACCAAAGGAUGUUGGAUUUAAAAUUGGACCUGGAACAGGAAUACAAUAUUUUGUGUUGCAAGUCCAUUACAAAAGCGCCAGUGUGUUCAGAGGAGGAUUUGAAGAUCAUUCUGCAGUGAGUGUGAUUUCAACAUAUGAAAGAAAACCUUAUUUGGCUGGAGUCUACGUUUUAGCGUCAUCAAUGGGAACGGUUCCCCCACAUAAGACACGAAACUUUGAUAUAUCUUGCAGGUACAAGCAACCUUACUCUAUUCAUCCUUUCGCCUUUCGCACUCACGCUCACGCACUUGGUGUCGAAGUUCUUGGGUUCAGAAUUCGCGAUGCAGAAUGGACGUUGAUUGGUGCAAAAAGUCCUCAGUUACCGGAAGCAUUUUAUCCAGUUACAAUGAAGAACAUGACAAUAAGAUAUAAUGAUAUACUUGCAGCAAGAUGUGUCAUGGACAAUUUUCGAAACGUUCCGACAAGUAUUGGAUACAGACACACGGAUGAAAUGUGCAAUUUUUACAUCAUGUUUUGGGUCGACGCCAGAUACGAAAACCUUUUAGACAAAUGGGAUAAACAAUGUAACAACGGAUUCCCAUGGGUCCAUUGGUCGUCACUGCCGGGCUAUUAUAACUAAUAUAUUUUUAUUAAGUGUAAUAUGUGACUGAAUGUUAUCAACAGAUAAAACUUAUUUUUCUUUUCAUUUUCAUGCUGUCUGAUUCGGAAAAAAAUUGGAAACACAUAUAUAUAUAUAUAUAUAUAUAUAUCAUGGCGUUGCUCGAAUGUCAAUUGCUUUCACUUGACACCAACUGGCACGAAUGAUUGUUGUGUAACAGUUAAGUAAUAUCAUUGUGACAGAGACGAUGAAUUCUCUGAAAAAAGUGCACGUUCCAGAUAUAAGUGAUUUUAUUUUCACAAUUAUCUGUGUUUAGUCAAGUCUUUAACAACUAUCGAUUUGAUUAAACUUCAAACUUCAAACAGGUUUUUCAAAAAUUCUUGAAAAAAUUGAAUCUAUUGAGGAUUUUGAUUUCAUUAAAAGAAUUUAAAUAUUUAUGGAAUUUAUGACGUCAUCACUCACGACAUUGCGCAAUGUUCACUCACUUUAUAAUACUCUUGUCUGCUUUCUGUGAAUAUUACUUGAAAUUGAUUUAAAUAUUUGAUAAUUUGUUCUGUGAAUACUAGUCUGUGCAAUCAAAUUCUAUCUGUAUAUACCUAUUGAACAAAUUUGUAACAGAUUUUCAGUUUAUUGCAAAGAACCGACUGAUCUAUAUUGAUACAGAGCUGUCCGGAAUAAAAUAGCCCGAUCUAUUAUCGAGGAAGGUUAUUGAUAUACCAAUGUCGUAAGUCGUGAACUGCUGACGAUAAAUUUAAGUUGUACAAAAAGUUAAAUCGAGCUUUUGUUUAAUUAUUAUCGAAUAAAUGAUAUUUUCAUCAUGUUAUUUUGUCCAGCUGCAUCUUUCUAACAUUUAUGAAUAAUCAACGACAAAGGUGACUAUAACCUUGCGUUUAUUUUCUCAUUCAUUUUCAUUGAAAGUAUUUACAAAAAUACACAAUAGGUGUUUAACGAAAGACAAUAAAUCCGGGCAUACCGCC